ACCAUGUAAACAUCAACAUUUGAGGAGAGCAAUAGGUGUUUGUUUGGCUUGCCAUUUAUAUCAAUUGAAAUUCACGUUAAUAUCGCUAAAAAAUUGAUAUAAAGUGAACUAUCUACUCAUUCGUGAGUUUUACUACGCUUUCAAAAUGUAGGUUUUUGCGUAAAGCAUGUCUCAUGUUGAGAAAAACGACAGACGGCGGCCAAAUGGCCUCGAAAGUAACGGACAUAAAGCUCGUGCCGAGAGAUACCGUAGUAGCAACAAGAAAAAUCUUUCUCCAAAGACCAGCCAUAAGGGACUAGACAGAAGCAAUAAUCAAGAUCAUAUACGACGCUUGGUCGAGAAGGAAGGAAGGGUAGCAAGGAAUCUUGUCACCUUUUCAGUUCCCGUGAGUGAUCAGAGGAACGUGAAAAGCGAUCAAAGCAUUCAGACCUCUAGAACCGAUGGAGAGAACAGAGAAAAAGAAAAAUCAAAUGUGGAGAAACGUGAAAUUUCCCCCAGCAAAUCAAAGACACGAAGUCGGUCGAAUUCAGCCAACAGAAAGAAGAUCGAUUUACGAGCGAGAUAUUGGUCGUAUUUGUUUGAUAAUUUAAAGAGAGCUGUUGACGAGAUAUACACGACAUGUGAAUCUGACGAAAGCGUGAUGGAAUGUCAGGAGGUAAUCAUGAUGCUUGACCAAUGUAGGAAUGAUUUUCAGUCACUCAUUGAUCGAAUUCACCUACACGCAGCUUUCGAGAAGGCUGACAGCAAAGACAGACCUCAGUCUCUGGCGUGGGCAGUUCGCAAGCUCUCCCCAGGGAAAUAUCCAAUCUCAAGCCCUCCUCCUGUUUUCUCUUCGAGAAAACGAAGACCACUAAUGAAGACACUGGAGUUGGAAGAAACGAGCGUGGAUGGCGUAAUGUCUUGGGCUGAUAGAGUAAAGGGUCGUACUUCUGUUUCAGAUAGAUCUACGCCAAAAACGAUGAAAAAGAACGAAGAGAACCUGGUACGAGAUAAGAUUGUACAAAAUGGCUUCGUCGCCAUACAGGACGGGAUUCUUAAAGUUGAGGAAGAUGAUGGUGGAUGGGAGACUGUACGCUACAGUAAGAAAACGAAAGCUACCGAAAAGUGUAGUGGUGCACGUGAUCGCAGUCCAGAGUCAUAUGCGCACAGUGUUGAGCCAAGGGUACUUCGUGUUGUUACGGAUAACGGCGAUCUUUCUCCAACAGCGAAACAUGUUUCUGAAGUGGAAUCUUUUAAUGAAUGUAACAAUGAAACAAUUGCUGAUGUCCGUGAAGCAAAAAUAAGAAUUUCCAAUUCAACAUGCGCUGACGCAAACACAAAGGACUCGUUUAUAUGUAAGGACAAAGAAUUUGAUAAAGACGAGAUGUCAGUUGUCUCAACUGAAAUGUUAUUAGAGUCCAGUAUUAAGGAGCAAGCUACUCCUCCGGUCACUUUGAAUGUUGCUGAUGUAAAUAGCUCAGUGGAAAAGGGGAAAAGUGACAAAAACGAAAAGCUGAAAGGGUUUUUAAGUCCACUCAACGUCGACUCCGAUGUUGAUACGGACGAAGACGGUUUGACGGCGUCUGAUGUCGAGCAUCAAGCAGCUCUUUCGGCCGCCAUUGAAGAAGAAGCCGAUCUUUCCAAGCAGUAUGAGACAGAACGUGAUGAGUUUCUUGCCUCCGCGAAAGAACACGAAGAGAAACUUGCCAUAGAGUUGGCAGAUCAAGAGGCCUACGUAAACGCUAUGAAUAAUGUUGCCGACGGUGAUGAUGAAGCUGGAGAGGUACAAGAUGAUAAUAAAGAAGAGAAAAGUGAAAAUGAUAAGCAGAAUCCUCGAGGAUCAGUGACAAGGGAGUUGACUUGGGAAGAGAUGAUAGCGGAAUAUGACGAAAAAAACAAGCGUGAAGGCUCGCCAAGCUGGGGGGAUAUUGUUGAAAUGUCGGAGAGCCGGCCACCAGGACGAGCUGUUCAAAUUCAUCAAAGAUUAUCGUCACCUUCACGAAAGAGAGAUGUAAACGUUGGAGUGCAAAAGCAAGCCGAAAAACAGGCAAAAGCUCAACAACUGCGAAAACAGUUACUCGACGAUAAACUGCAACAUCUUCAAAACCUUUCUGAGAAAGUGGAAAAGGCUCGUGAACUGAAGAUGAUGUUGAUUGGCGAACAAGAGCUUCAUCAAAAAGAGAAACAACGAAAAGUUGAAGAGAAACGCAACAUAAAACUAAAAGAAAUAGUUCGCAAAGCACAGGAAGAAGACGCGAAGGUGAAUGAAAUUGCUUUCAUCAAUUCACUGGAAGCGCAGAACAAGAAAAUAGAAGUUUUGUCUCGAUACCAGGAUCACGAAGCUCGUUUACAAGAUCUUCAAGAAGAGCGACAACGAAAACGCGAUGAGCAGCAGGCUAAAGAGGCUGCAGCAUACGAGCGUCGAAAACAACUCGAGGCGGAGAGAAAGGCGAGGCUUGAAGAAAUGAAACAGAGACGACAAGAACAGGAAGCGAAAUUCCUUCGAGAGAAGCAAGAAAAGGAAAAAGCAAGAGAAGAAGCAGCCAAAGAAAGAGCGAGAGAACGAGAGCAAAGACUUGCUGCACGUAAUGAAGCCUUACAAACAGCCGUGGAACAACUUCAAUUGAAGAUAAAACAAAAGCAACAAGAGUCGACAAAACGUCACGAACAAAUUUUAGAACUUGUGAAAGAGAAGGCUGCUGGCGCUUCACGUCACUCUACUCAAGAUGAUCUUCCCGCUGUCACUCCGUAUGAGAGAAAGAAGAUUUGCACUUUGUGUAAUGUUCAGAUAAUAUCCGAGGUUUACUUGGUGAGCCAUCUACGAGGAAACAAACAUAAAAUGGCCUUAGAUGAAGUAGAAAGGGGAAAGAAAAUCGAGGAUUACGACGCUCUAUCGCUGCAGUACAUUAAAGAUGUCAGUGUGGAUAAAGUUGACGAGAAUGCCAAAGCGAGCGAUGAGAGAAAGACGGCGUUCAAAAAACGGGUGAAAAAGAUCAGACAUCGCAUGGCCUCACGUGGCAGGGAGUAUGAAGCGACAUUGACCAGCGUAGAAAAGCGAUCAGAAUCUUCUAAAAAAUCGAAACUUCAGAAAGUCAUCAAAGAUCUUGACAGAUAUUUCAAGAAUCAAAGCACGGGACCAUGGGCUGCCAAUCGAGUUGCAGCUUUGGAACGUUCCUUGAGUGAACUGAGUCGACUGAUGGAAGGCAAUGUUGAAGCAGAUCAAGUAACGUUCUGUAACCUUGGUGGUUUGUCCACCUUAUCACGGAUCCUUCUACAAAUCGAAUUUUCGUCAGGAACGCAAAAAUCUUUUCUACCUAUCAAAACUUUGUGCUCUGUCGUGUCGGUAAUGACAAUCGCCUGCGUCAAAUGCUUCGAAAAUUGUUGGUAUGUGUUGCUAAGCAACAAGCUCACAGUCGUUGUCGACCUUUUGGCCCAUAAUCUCGCGGUAUUUUCUUGCGUCAAUGAAAAGAAAAGUGUUGAAAGUAACUUGGGACGUUCUGCAGACGCGUUCCUUCUCAAUCUGCAACACCUUUUAUCCACUGCUAUCCACAGCUUGAUACGCUGUGACGCAAAAGAUAUAAGUUGUGUUCCGGAUGGACUCGAUCACUCCGUUGCUAUGCAACGAAUCACUGAUCUCAUAAGCUAUAUCGUUUGCAGCGGUGUUAUCGACAAUCUUCAGGCGUAUUUUGGUUAUAUUGGGGGAUCAAACGACAACGAUUCUUUGAUAUCGUCAGGAUUUGUUUUGGAAUCCUUGGACGCGCUCUGCUCUAUCGCGAGAGUUUAUUCUGUUAGAGUUAACGAUGUGUUCACUCAUCAGAAAAGAGAAGACACGAGUCAGUUUUUAGUCACUGUGAAACACACAGGUUUAGCUGGUGUCAUUAGUCUUUUGUAUUCUGUGCUGCUCAGAGAUGGCUUAAAAGCACCGUCAAAAAUUCCCGAGCAGUUGAGCGAAGAAAUGAAUUCUAUGGCCACAAAAGGCUUGCGAUUUUUAAAUUUCCUAGCAACGGGUGAUUUUCUACUCGUACAAGAUUCGCUCGGGUGUGAAGGUAUUUCUCUUCAGUUUCGACACAUCGUUGCUCACAUUCUAAGAGUAUGCUCCGCCGAAACGAAUCACGAACUACUACAUGAAGUAAUUCUUAUCAUCGGUUAUUUUACCGUUCUUAAUCCUGAAAAUCAGGUUUUUGUGCUGUCAGGAAGAUCACCGACACUUCUUCAAAAGCUGUGCUCCCUUCCUUUUCAAUACUUCAGCAAUCCAAGAUUGCGCAAUAUCCUUUUUCCUACACUUAUUUGUGCCUGUUAUGAAAACGAACAGAACAAAGAGAUCUUAGAACAAGAAGUCAGUUGUGCGUUAUUAAGUAAUUAUUUGGAGGAUCAAAGUUUGGAUUUUCAGCAAGAUAAGAUGGAUGAAAAGCCUCGGUCGAUUAUGGAUGAAAUGUCCCGGAGGAUAAUGUUAUCUCAACGUUUUCCAGUCUCACGUUGGAAACAUGCGCAAGAAUUCUUACAAAAUGACAAGAGAUGACAAUGUGUUCAUAUCACCUCAGAUGAAUGAAAACACUUUCAUAUGCUUGAUUCAGAUGAGGAAGAAUGGACGUCUUAUGAAAAUCCUGUUUAAAUGGCAGAAUCAUUUUCAGUUGUGCUGAUGCUUUGGUUCAUACCCCUGUUCACCCCACCCCCCGUACACCGUUGUACACGUCCCCCCACCCCCGUAUACCGUGGCACACCAAAGAUGUUUAAAAAAAAAUUCACUUAUUGAAAGUAUAUUUUAUCAAAUGCUUAAAUUAUUAAACUCGAUCGAUAUUUAAUGUAAGAUUUCAAUUUUACAACACCCUAAAUAAAUAAUAAAUUAUAUGUA